AUGGGUUACUACUACUCGCUCUUUCAACGGCUGGACACAAGGAAAGACCUCCCAAACGGCAGCCCGAGUGUGGCAGAUGGUGACGAUGUGUGUGGAACAGCUGCUCUCAACGGCUUUUUGUGUACUCGGGUUGUGCCGUUAAUGAUGACUGUUCCGGUUUUUGCAAAAUCGAGAAAGAAAGAGAAGAUGAAAGAGAUAGCCAUUGAGCCAGGAGACAUUUGGUGGGUGACGACAGCUGACGGGUUGAAAAAUGUUGAAAGCAUAUAG